AUGAAUACCCUGACGGAAACUGCAACCGGGUCGUUGCAGCCCUUCGUGGAGACCGACUUCUCCGCAACCGGCUUGAUGCCCGGAUGCGGUAACAUGAAUUACGUCACAGAUGGCAGCUGUACAGGCGGUCCAAUGCGCCUCUGUUUUGAUCCCAGUCUGGAUGGUCGCAGAUCGAUGAUGGCGUGUGAACAGUUCGGUCUGCCGACAGAAAUGGAAUACGGCCUGGCAGAUGGCGGCCGGGGUAGCGAUGCUGGCAACCGAGAGGAUGACGACUUGGAGGCGUCUAAACAGCCGUCGAAGGAGACCAAGAAGGUGGCGGGGAGGAUGGCCUCUGAGGUGACACUUGCCCUUUACUUUUGCUCCAAUGGGGAACACAUCGUGGAACCACCCCAACUGCUCUGCAAAGGUAAUUAUCACUACACUCACAAGCAGUUUUCCGUUACUGUCGUUAAGUUGCAAGGCUGCGAAGGUGAUUUCAGACAGUUGGGACACUAUGAUGGAGUCACAACCAGUGGCUACGAGGCCUGGCCCUUCUUGUUUCUUAACCUCUCCCCCUCCACUGCUGACGUCAGAAUGCUUCUCUACCUCGGCACGCCAUCCGCGCCUCGUCCCGUCCCGCAAGCCUUCUGCACCCCAAGAGCCCACCAACGCCAGUGGCUUCAG